AUGGUUAAUUCUCUCAUGCCUUCCCUGCCAUUUCCUCCCCUUCUGACCCAAUCUCCCCCUUUCCCUGCUCCCUGCCCUUCCCUCCCCUUCCCUGCCCUUCCCUCCCCUUCCCUGCACUUCCCACCGCGUGUUUCGACUUCCCCACCGUUCCCUCGCCCGCCCUCCCUGCUGCCAAUCAUGCUGUCAUCCAAGCUGCUGCCGGAGAUGGAGGGGGACGGGCGAGCAAGAGAGGAGGCGCUGAGGGGGCCACUGGCAGCGCUGCGGGUGCCACAGCAGCUCGAGCCUCUGCAGCUGCCCACCACCUUCCCUCGCCUCGCCUUGCCUCUCCUUGCCGUGCCUCUCCUUGCCGAGCCACACAGUGGAGGAGGGAGGCACAAGGGCAGCGCAGAUCCACGGGUGGAGCAGGCGAGGUGGGUGGUGCCGGGAUGCCCAUCACCCUGUCAAGGCCAUUCUCAAAGCUUCCUUGCGGAUCACCCGGACACUUGCUCUCAUUUAUUUGUCCCUCGCCAUUCUCUCUCUAUCACUUCAGUACGCUGCACUCCUUCUCCUCUCUUCCUCACACCCCAUCGCGCCCUUCCCUCACCAAUGCUGGCAAGUGUGUAUGCCAUGCGGAGCGCACCUCACAGCCUUGCCGCCGCCACUGCAGGGCGCCUCAGCCUGGGGAGAACACACUCCACGCCUCUCUCACACUCCUCGCCUCUCUCACACUCCUCGCCUCUCUCACACUCCUCGCCUCUCUCACACUCCUCGCCUCUCUCACACUCCUCGCAUCUCUCACACUCCUCGCCUCUCUCACACUCCUCGCCUCUCUCGCACUCCUCACCUCUCACACUCCUCACCUCUCUCACACUCCUCACCUCUCUCACACUCCUCACCUCUCUCACGCUCCUCGCCUCUCUCACACUCCUCGCCUCUCUCACACUCCUCACCUCUUUCACACUCCUCGCCUCUCUCACACUCCUCGCCUCUCUCACACUCCUCGCCUCUCACGCUCCUCACCUUUCUCACACUCCUCGCCUCUCUGACGCUCCUCGCCUCUCUCACGCUCCUCGCCUCUCUUACACUCCUCGCCUCUCUCACACUCCUCGCCUCUCUCACACUCCUUGCCUCUCUCACACUCCUCGCCUCUCUCACACUCCUCGCCUCUCUCACACUCCUCGCCUCUCUCACACUCCUCGCCUCUCUCACACUCCUCGCCUCUCUCACACUCCUCACCUCUCUCACACUCCUCACCUCUCUCACACUCCUCACCUCUCUCACACUCCUCACCUCUCUCACGCUCCUCGCCUCUCUCACGCUCCUCACCUCUUUCACACUCCUCGCCUCUCUCACACUCCUCGCCUCUCUCACACUCCUCGCCUCUCACGCUCCUCACCUUUCUCACACUCCUCGCCUCUCUCACACUCCUCGCCAAUCUCACACUCCUCGCCUCUCUCACACUCCUCGCCUCUCUCACACUCCUCGCCUCUCUCACACUCCUCGCCUCUCUCACACUCCUCACCUCUCUCACACUCCUCACCUCUCUCACACUCCUCACCUCUCUCACACUCCUCACCUCUCUCACACUCCUCACCUCUCUCACACUCCUCGCCUCUCUCACACUCCUCGCCUCUCUCACACUCCUCGCCUCUCUCACACUCCUCGCCUCUCACGCUCCUCACCUUUCUCACACUCCUCGCCUCUCUGACGCUCCUCGCCUCUCUCACGCUCCUCGCCUCUCUCACGCUCCUCGCCUCUCUCACACUCCUCGCCUCUCUCACACUCCUCGCCUCUCUCACACUCCUCGCCUCUCUCACGCUCCUCGCCUCUCUCACGCUCCUCGCCUCUCUCACACUCCUCGCCUCUCUCACACUCCUCGCCUCUCUCACUCCUCGCCUCUCUCACGCUCCUCGCCUCUCUCACGCUCCUCGCCUCUCUCACACUCCUCGCCUCUCUCACACUCCUCGCCUCUCUCACACUCCUCGCCUCUCUCACACUCCUCGCCACUCUCACACUCCUCGCCUCUCUCACACUCCUCGCCUCUCUCACACUCCUCACCUCUCUCACGCUCCUCACCUCUCUCACACUCCUCGCCUCUCUCGCACUCCUCACCUCUCUCACACUCCUCGCCUCUCUCACACUCCUCGCCUCUCUCACACUCGUCGCCUCUCUCACGCUCCUCACCUCUUUCACACUCCUCGCCUCUCUCACACUCCUCGCCUCUCUCACACUCCUCGCCUCUCUCAUGCUCCUCACCUCCCUCACAGUCCUCACCUCUCUCACACUCCUCGCCUCUCUCAUGCUCCUCACCUCUUUCACACUCCUCACCUCUCUCACACUCCUCGCCUCUCUCACACUCGCCUCUCUCACACUCCUUGCCUCUCUCAUGCUCCUCACCUCCCUCACACUCCUCACCUCUCUUACACUCCUCGCCUCUCUCACGCUCCUCACCUCUUUCACACUCCUCGCCUCUCUCACACUCCUCGCCUCUCUCACACUCCUCGCCUCUCUCACACUCCUCGCCUCUCACGCUCCUCACCUUUCUCACACUCCUCGCCUCUCUGA